GCCACGCUCACGUUCCCCAGCGCCCCGCCCCCAGCAUUCCUGGGGGUCUCCACUUGCGCUGGAUAGAACAGAAGCAGGCUGAACAAUCCAGAGAGGCUUCCUGGUGGAGGCAGAGUCCCAGAACCACUCGGUGCCCACAGGGGAAACUGAGGUUCAGAGAGAUGUAGGGCAGCCUCCGGAGAGCUUGUGAGGGGCUCCCCUCGACCCCCUCCAGGGCCCAGCUCUGUGUGGUGUGAUGGAUGAAGGUGUCUCCACAGAGACCUGGGUGGGAACCAGCCUGAGACGCGGCAGACCCGGCAGGCCGCUCUGCCCUGGGCCUCUGCUGCCUGCAGGGGCAGCGACACUGACUGGAAGAGGCGCCAUGCACCCUCUCGUCUGUCCCCCCAGCCCUCCUGGUGCCCCCUCCCAAGCCCCGGGAGCUCCCUGGGUUGGCAGCUGAGGGGGUCCCUGGGGGCUGUGAGCAAGGGGAGCCCACAGGCCUGCAGCCCAUGGCGAGCCUCACACGCGGAGCCGGCCAGGCUGGGCGUGCUGAGCUGAAGGGUGCCUGUCUUCAGUCUGUGUCUACCCAGCGCUGGGGUCCGUGGCUGAGGUGCUCUGGGGGUGUCUGAGGUUUGUGGGGACCUCUCAGGGUCUCGCAGAUCCCACCCAGGGGAGUGGGGUGAAGGGGGUGAUGGGCCAAGUCCCGCCCCCAGGAGGCCCCCUGGGACAAGGUGCUAAGCCCCGCCCCUGCCUGGGACCCACCGAGGUGGCCGCAGAUUUGCAUAGAAAACCAUUCUGAUCCCCUGCCUGGUUUCCCCGCCCCUGCCGGCGACCUGGGGGGACCCGGCUGUGUCCACAGCGCCCACAUCCCUCCCCACACGCAUUUGGGGCACAGUUUGGCUGGAAUUCUCGGGUCAUGAUCACUUCCAGUCACCUCCAGGCAGGGCGGGUGAGGACGGGGACGGGGCGUGUCCAACUCGCUGUGGGCCCCUGAACUUGGGUGCAGCUGCCGGCGAUGGGCGCGUGCAGGGUCCUGUGUGGCCUGGCGCUGCUGUGGGCGCUCGGCCUGGGUCAGCGCCCCACCGUGGGCCUGGGGUGUGGCCCUGGCCGCCUCCUGGUUGGGGCAGGAACAGACGCGCGCUGCUGCCGUGUUCAUCCGACGCGCUGCUGCCAUGCGGACCCGGGCGCAGAGUGCUGCCCCGAGAGGGACUGUGUGUGCGUCCAGCCUGAGUUCCACUGCAGGGACCCUUGCUGUGAAGCCUGCCAGCACCAUCCGUGCCCACCGGGCCAGAGGGCGCAGUCCCAGGGGAAAUUCAAAUUCGGCUUCACGUGCGUGGACUGUGCCUGGGGGACCUUCUCCGGAGGCCGCGAAGGCCACUGCAAACCUUGGACAGACUGCACCCAGUUUGGGUUUCUCACCGUGUUCCGGGGGAACAAGACCCACAACGCCGUGUGUGUCCCAGGGCGCCCGCCCGCAGAGCCACCUGGGUUGCUGACCACCGUCCUGCUGGCCGUGGCCGCCUGCGUCUUCCUCCUGACCUCGGCCCUGCUUGGACUGCAUGUCUGGCAGCUGAGGAGUCAGCGUGCGCGGCCCCGAGGGACCCAGCUGCCGGAGGUGCCGCCGUCCCCUGAAGACGCCAGCAGCUGCCAGUUCCCUGAGGAAGAGCGGGGUGAGCGGUCGGCAGAGGAGAAGGGCCGGCCGGGAGACCUGUGCGUGUGAGCCUGGCUGUCCUCCGGGGCCGCCGACCCCUGCCGGCCCCUCCCCAGGAGCUCUCUGGGCAGCAUGGGCUCCGUGUUCUGCCUGGACCGGGCCUUGCUCCCCUGGCAGCAGAAGUGGGUGCAGGAUGGUGGCAGUGUCCAGUCCCCUGGACCACACAGGUCGGCGGCCGUGGCCGGGCACUGCAGCAGGGAGAGAGACACAGCUGGCCCCUGCCCUCCGUGGCCGGCCCCGCUGGCGUGGGGUCUUCGGGCCCCUCACUACCAGGACGGGAGGCUGUGCUGUGGGUGCAGUGCCCAGCACGGGACCUGGCUGCAGGGGACCCUUCAAUAAACACUUGUU